CCAGCCAUACCGGGUGGCGGGAAGUUCUGCGACCGGGCGUCUGAGGGCUGCUGGCUCUGCGGGGCUCAGGAGAGCCCGCAGAGAGCGGAAAAGACCCUACAUUCUUCCUUUGUCUCUAUAGGCCUCAUCAGAUUUUCCUUCUCCCUCGUCUGUAUAUUCCUUCUCUGUUGGCUGGUCCUCUGAUAUAUGGACUUAAACAUGAUGAACUGUGAACUUCUAGCCACUUGUAGUGCCCUAGGGUACUUGGAGGGAGACACUUACCACAAGGAACCAGAUUGCUUAGAGAGUGUGAAAGAUUUGAUCCGUUACUUGAGGCAUGAGGAUGAGACCCGAGAUGCACGACAGCAGCUGGGAGCAGCCCAGAUCCUGCAGAGUGACCUUCUACCCAUCCUCACCCAGCACCGCCAGGACAAGCCUCUCUUUGAUGCCGUUAUCAGACUGAUGGUGAACUUGACACAACCAGCCUUACUCUGUUUCGGCAGUGUGCCUAAGGAGCCCAGUGUGCGGCACCACUUUCUGCAGGUGCUAGGCUAUCUGCAGGCUUACAAAGAGGCCUUUGCCAGUGAGAAGGCUUUUGGAGUCCUUAGUGAAACGUUGUAUGAGUUGCUACAGCUGGGCUGGGAGGAACGGCAGGAAGAAGACAACAUACUGAUUGAGAGGAUCCUGCUGCUGGUCAGAAAUAUUCUCCAUGUUCCAGCAGACCUUGAGCAGGAAAAGAGGAUUGAUGAUGAUGCCAGUGUCCACGACCAGCUUCUCUGGGCGAUUCACCUCAGUGGCUUGGAUGACCUGCUCCUCUUCUUGGCCAGCUCAUCUGCUGAGCAGCAGUGGAGCCUGCAUGUGCUAGAGAUUGUCUCCCUUAUGUUUCGUGACCAGAACCCUGAGCAGCUGGCAGGAGUAGGGCAGGGACGCUUAGCCCAGGAGCGGAACAUGGAUGUGACAGAACUGGAGGUGUUGCGUCAGCGAGAGAUGGCAGAAAAGAAGACGCGCGCGUUCCAGCGAGGCAACAGGCACUCUCGAUUUGGGGGCUCCUAUAUUGUCCAGGGGUUGAAGUCCAUUGGGGAGAGGGACCUCAUAUUUCACAAAGGCCUUCACAAUCUCCGAAACUACAGUUCCGAUUUGGGGAAGCAGCCCCGAAGGCUACCUAAACGUCGUCAGGCUGCCAAGGAGCUGUCCAUCCAGCGCCGCUCAGCCCUCAACGUGAGGCUGUUCCUCAGAGACUUCUGCUCUGAGUUCCUGGAGAACUGUUACAACCGGCUCAUGGGCGCAGUAAAGGAUCACCUGCUUCGUGAGAAAGCUCAACAGCAUGAUGAGACCUAUUAUAUGUGGGCCUUAGCUUUCUUCAUGGCCUUCAACCGAGCUGCCUCCUUCCGCCCAGGUUUAGUUUCUGAAACCCUCAGUGUCCGUGCCUUUCACUUCAUUGAGCAGAAUCUAACCAACUACUAUGAAAUGAUGCUGACUGAUCGUAAAGAAGCCGCCUCUUGGGCACGCAGAAUGCAUCUGGCCCUAAAGGCCUAUCAGGAGUUGCUGGCCACUGUGAAUGAGAUGGACAUGUCCCCGGAUGAGACUGUGAGGGAGAGCAGUCGUAUCAUCAAAAACAACAUUUUCUAUGUGAUGGAAUACCGAGAACUGUUCUUGACACUCUUUCGAAAGUUUGACGAGCGAUGUCAGCCCCGCUCUUUCCUUCGUGACCUGGUGGAAACCACUCACCUCUUCCUCAAGAUGUUGGAGCGGUUCUGUCGGAGCCGUGGGAACCUAGUGGUGCAGAACAAACGAAAGAAGAAAAAGAAGAAGAAGAAGUUUCUAGACCAAGCUUCUGGUAAUGUCUCCCAUAGUCCAGAGGAGCUAGAGGCCAUGUGGCCAGCCCUUGCUGAGCAGCUGCAAUGCUGCGCCCAGGAUUCUGAGUUCAAUGUAGAAUCCCCAGUUCCCUUUGAUGCGGCCUCAGAGGUGCCAGUGGAAGAGCAGCGGGCAGAAGCCAUGGUGAGGAUCCAAGACUGUCUCCUGGCUGGCCAGGCCCCACAGGCCCUGGCCCUCCUGAGGUCUGCCCGGGAGGUAUGGCCAGAAGGAGAUGUGUUCGGCUCUCCAGACAUUUCCCCGGAGGAGGAGGUGCAGUUGCUGAAACAAAUCCUGUCUGCCCCACUUCCCCGACAACAGGGCCCAGCUGAGGGAAUUGCAGAAGAAGAAGAAGAAGAGGAGGAGGAGGCCGAGGAGGAGUUGCAGGUGGUUCAGGUUUCAGAGAAAGAGUUUAACUUUCUGGACUAUCUGAAACGUUAUGCCUCCUCAACUAUUGUGCGAGCCUAUGUGCUUCUGCUGCGAAGCUACCAGCAGAAUAGUGCCCACACUAACCACUGCAUUGUCAAGAUGUUGCACCGGCUCGCCUAUGACCUCAAAAUGGAAGCCCUUCUUUUCCAGCUUUCAAUCUUUUGCCUCUUCAACCGUCUGCUUAAUGACCCUGCUGCUGGAGCCUACAAAGAGCUAGUGACUUUUGCCAAAUAUAUCCUGGGCAAGUUCUUUGCAUUGGCUGCAAUCAACCAGAAAGCCUUUGUGGAGCUGUUAUUCUGGAAGAACACAGCUGUGGUCCGAGAGAUGACUGAGGGCUAUGGCUCGCUGGACAGUGGGUCUUCUGGUCGCAGAGCCCCAGUGUGGAGUCCUGAGGAAGAGGCCCAGCUUCAGGAACUGUACCUGGCCCAUAAGGACAUGGAAGGCCAAGAUGUGGUGGAAAUCAUCUUGGCACACCUGAGAAGUACUCCUCGGACACGCAAGCAGGUCAUCCACCAUCUGGUACGCCUGGGGCUGGCUGACAGCGUGAAGGACUUCCAAAGGAAAGGAUCCCAGAUUGUACUGUGGACAGAAGAUCAGGAGCUGGAGCUGCAGCGGCUUUUUGAGGAGUUCCGGGACUCAGAUGAUGUGCUUGGUUAUAUCAUGAAGAAUAUCACAGCCAAACGUUCACGGGCCCGAAUAGUGGAUAAACUGCUAGCACUGGGGUUGGUGACUAAGCGGCAGGAGCUAUACAAGAAACGGAGGAAGAAGCUGGCACCCUCAAGCCUGCCUAAUGGGGAACAGUCCGUGAAAGAUUUUUGGCAGGAAGAUCUGGAAGAAGAAGAAGAAGAAAACUUGCCAGAAGAAGAGAACGAAGAAGAUGGAGAGAAAGAGGAGGGUUUGGAAGCAGAAUAUGCCCAGGGUAGCUUGUUUCUUUCAACUGAAAACCUUGGCCAAGGCCUAAAUGAGGAAGGCUUUUCUGCUCCACUCUUGUGGCUCCAGAACUGCCUGCUGAGAGCAGCAGAUGAUCGGGAAGAGGACGGCUGCUCCCAGGCUAUUCCAUUGGUGCCACUGACGGAAGAAAAUGAGGAAGCAAUGGAAAAUGAACAGUUUCAGCAGCUGCUGCGCAAACUAAAGAUUCGGCCCCCCACCUCCGGACAGGAAACCUUCUGGCGAAUUCCAGCCAAGCUUAGCCCCACCCAGCUCCGGAGAAUGGCAGCUUCUUUGAGUCAAUCAACGGAGGCAGAAGAGAAGCUACCAUCAGAGCUAGAGCCAAGAGUCCCUGGAGAGCAGGGUCCCAGGGAGGAGCACCAAGCAGAAACCUCCAGUACCCUCUCAUUAGCCUAUAAAAACAGAGCAGGCCUCGUAUCCUCAGACGAGGAGGAGACUGCUGAUGAUAAAGAGCAAGGGAAGGUGGCGCCCAAGAAGCGGCAACUGCUGGACAGCGAUGAGGAAGACGAGGGCAGCAGCAAAAAGCCCAAGCUGGGAUCUCCAGUAAUCUACAGGAAGAAACGGUUUCAGAUUGAGGAUGAAGAUGAAGACGAGUGAUAAGCCCGAAGCCUAGGGGUGGAGAUAGAUUUGUUUUAGUGAUCAUCCCCAGGACAGAAGAUUGAGCCGAGCAUGCAUGAAGCCCUGGGUUCAAUUCCUCAGUACCACAUAAACAGAAAAAGCCAGAAG